UUAGGACAAAUUGGGUAAGAAAAGAUAAGGGACCAAAGCAACUUAAAAUCAGCAGAAGUCCACCUUGUUGAAAGUGCCACUGCCAAUUGCCAAACCAAAUAAAAUAAACAUCCACUAUCUGUUUCUUUUGUGUGGUAGAAACUGGAAAGAAAGCAAGAAAAAGAAAGAAAAGCAACAGCGCCAAAUGGAAUGAUAAUCCAAAAAUGGUCUCCUCUUGUCUCCUAUUUUGGGGUUCCCCUUUAACACCUUCUCAGCCCUUCAAAAUCCUCCCUCCAUACACACACAAUUUCACAUACCCAAAAAGAUUUUAUCGAAACCACAACUUGGGUUUCUUUUAAAUUAUCAUACUUUUGCUUGGUUUUUAUAAAUCUCGAGUGAUCCGAUAAUGGAAGAUUUUCAUUUCGUGCUUGGAGCUGCGUGGUUGUGAGGGAAAUUGAUUAAGAAAGUAGACAAGAACAAGCGUAAACGACAACGUUGCACAUCAAAACAAGAAUCAUGAUGACGAUAUCUUCGCCUUCCAAAGAUGACAAUUUGGGAAUGGAUAAUGGAAAAUAUGUUCGAUACACACCCGAACAAGUUGAAGCUUUAGAAAGAUUAUAUCACGAUUGCCCAAAACCAAGCUCCCUUCGUAGACAACAACUCAUUCGUGAGUGCCCAAUUUUAUCCAACAUCGAGCCAAAGCAAAUCAAAGUUUGGUUUCAAAAUCGAAGAUGUAGGGAGAAGCAGAGGAAGGAGGCAUCAAGACUACAAGCUGUUAACAGGAAACUAACAGCAAUGAAUAAGUUAUUAAUGGAGGAGAAUGAUCGAUUACAAAAACAAGUUUCUCAUUUGGUGUAUGAAAACAGCUACUUUCGUCAACAAACUCAAAAUGUGACACUUGCCACCACAGACACGAGUUGUGAGUCAGUGGUGACAAGCGGGCAACACCACUUGACACCUCAGCAUCCACCAAAGGAUGCAAGUCCUGCAGGGCUUUUGUCGAUUGCUGAGGAGAUUUUAAAAGAGUUUCUAUCAAAGGCAACUGGGACAGCAGUGGAAUGGGUCCAAAUGCCUGGGAUGAAGCCUGGUCCGGAUUCCAUUGGAAUCAUUGCUAUUUCUCAUGGUUGCUCGGGUGUUGCAUCAAGAGCUUGUGGUCUUAUUGGUCUUGAACCCACACGAGUUGCUGAAAUCCUUAAAGAUUGGUCAUCCUGGUUUCGUGACUGUAGGGCAGUUGAUACUCUUAAUGUGCUUUCAACAGCAAAUAAUGGGACAAUCGAGCUGCUUUAUAUGCAGCUUUAUGCACCUACUACUUUAGCACCAGCUCGUGACUUCUGGUUACUACGGUAUACGUCUCCUAUGGAGGAUGGUAGCCUAGUGAUUUGUGAAAGAUCAUUGAACAACACACAAAAUGGUCCUAGUAUGCCACCUGUCCCUCAUUUUGUAAGAGCAGAAAUGCUUCCAAGUGGUUAUUUAAUAAGACCAUGUGAAGGUGGUGGCUCCAUAAUUCACAUAGUUGAUCAUGUUGAUUUAGAGCCAUGGAGUGUUCCUGAAGUUUUGCGCCCUUUAUACGAGUCAUCCACUUUACUUGCUCAAAGGACGACAUUUGCGGCGUUUAGUCAUUUAAGGCAAAUUUCACAAGAGAUUUCUCAGCCAACAGUCACAAGUUGGGGAAGAAGACCAGCUGCUCUUCGUGCACUUGGCCAGAGAAUGAGCAGAGGUUUUAAUGAAGCCGUGAAUGGUUUCGCGGACGAGGGAUGGUCGGUGACGGAAAGUGACGGCGUUGAUGACGUCACCGUUUUUGUAAACUUGGCUCCGGCAAAGGCGACGGGUGCGAAUCAGAUGUAUGCCGCCCAUGGGAUUCCGGUGGUCAGCAACGCAGUGUUAUGUGCUAAAGCCUCGAUGUUAUUGCAAGAUGUGGCUCCUGCGAUACUUAUGAGAUUUUUAAGAGAAUAUCGAUCUGAAUGGGCGGAUAGCAGUAUGGAUGCUUACUCUGCUGCUUCAAUGAAAGCGGGUCCCACAAGCUUGCCUAUGGCUAGAAAUGGAAGCUUCGGUAGUCAAGUUAUUCUUCCAUUGGCUCAUACCCUUGAGCACGAAGAGUUCAUGGAAGUUGUUAAGCUUGAAAACAUGGGCCAUUAUCAAGAAGACAACAUGAUGAUGCCUGGUGACAUCUUCUUUCUGCAGCUUUGCAAUGGAGUUGAUGAGAAUGCAAUCGGGACCUCUGCAGAACUUGUUUUUGCCCCAAUUGAUGCCUCAUUUACCGAUGACGCCCCUCUCCUUCCAUCUGGUUUUCGUAUUAUUCCUAUUAAUAACCGACUGACUCAAAAUCCAACACGUGACCUGGCAUCAACACUGGAGGUGGGGGUGGGCCCACCCCGGAAUCAAAGAGCUUCCAAUCAAGCGGGGCCCACAAAGUCAGUUAUGACAAUCGCGUUUCAGUUUGGUUUUGAGAUUCAUCUUCAAGAAAACAUUGCAUCCAUGGCUAGACAAUAUGUACGCAGCAUCAUAUCAUCUGUUCAAAGAGUCGCUUUGGCUCUUUCACCUUCUCCUUUUGGGUCUCCGAGUUUACAGGGAAACCCGGAAGCUCACACACUCACUCAUUGGAUCCAACAAAGUUAUAGUUGCUUUUUAGGUGAGGAGCUUUUUAAAAGUGUUGAUGGACGAAGCGAAUCUGUUCUUAAAACACUUUGGAAUCACUCGGAUGCCAUAACAUGUUGCUCUCUCAAGACUUUGCCAGUUUUCACUUUUGCUAAUCAAGCGGGGCUUGAUAUGCUGGAGACAACGUUAGUUUCACUUCAAGACGUUUCAUUGGACAAGAUUUUUGAUGAAAAUGGAAGGAAGAAUGUUUUUUCAGAGCUCCCACAGAUUCUUCAACAGGGUUAUGGUUGUCUUCCUGGGGGUGUAUGCUUGUCAAGCAUGGGGAGACCCGUAUCGUAUGAACGUGUAGUGGCAUGGAAGGUGUUAAAUGACAACGAUACCCCUCAUUGUAUAGCCUUCAUGUUUGUCAACUGGUCAUUUGUUUGAUUCUCCUUCUCUUGGGUACACCAUGAGAUAGAAAAAAACAAGAAAUAGUGGCAUAGAAAUGUUAAAAAAAAAUGAAGAUACCCUUUGAAAAUUUGAAUAUCCAAAUGGCAAACUUGGUUUCCAGUUCCUUGUGUAGUUUGUUUGUAAAUUGUAUAGCUUUUUAUGCUUGUUGAUUAAUUUAAAGAUGAAGGUUAGUUUCAGGGUUCUACAUAUGUGCCAUGGUUGAAUGAUUUUUUACAUUUGUUGUGUCGAACACAAAAAAUGUAUUUGCAUUAUAUUCUUUUUGAAUUUUAAUCUAAUUACUAUAUAAAGUAUUCGGC